AUGCCUAAAGACGCUAGAGGAAAAAACAGGAAAUGGGGGAAUCACAAGGAUAGAUAAUUCGAAUAAGUCAAUGAGGGUGAAUUGAUUGAAUAAUUAAAACACCAGGCAGAAGACGAUUCAGAAGAUGAUGAGGAAGUUGAAUAAGUAGAUUAACCUUAAAAAGUUGAAUAAAAAGUGGAAGGCUAAGAGGAGUAACAAUAAGAAAAAAAGAAGAAAAAGAAAAAAAGAGUGACUGCUGAAGGAGUACCAAAACCAAAAAAAUAAAAGAGAAAUCUUGACAUGCCUGAAUCAGAAGAGGAAGAUGAGUCACAAUAUUAUUGA